AUGUCUUCGAAACAACAAUCGGCUCGACAAUCACAAAACUCAUCACCUCUACCAACACAAAAACCAAUACGAUCAUUGGUUGUCUCAAAAGUUUCAUUCGAUUUAGAUGAAGCAAAAUUAUUACGAGAUCUAGGACAUAAUUAUUUAGGUGUCGAAAAAGUUUCUCGACUCCAUGAUAAAGAUGGAAAACCGAUUGCUUCCAUUCGAAUCGAUUUCAAAUCAGAAAAUUUUGUUUUGAAAAUAAUCGAUGGUGGAUCUAUUCUCAUUGAUGGUAAAAAAUGUCCUGUUCGACCAUAUUGGCCACAAAUUUGUCAUCGAUGUCAAAAUGAAGGACAUUAUGCUUCUGAAUGUCCUCAAAAACCUUUAACUGAACAGCGUGCUAUGGAGAUAUUCAAGCAGCAAAAAACAGAGCUCGAAACAAUGAUUAAUGACUUCGAAAAAAAAUGGAAUGCACGUUUUCUAUCGUUGACAACGCUAUCGACAGAUGUCAAUGUUAAUGAAUUAUUACUAACUUUUAAAGAUCUAAAGACAGUUUGUCAACAAGUUAAUCAACAAAAUAUUCAAAUGGAAAGACAACUUCGUUCCAUCGUGAAUCGAGGAAAUGACGUACAAACUAAAUAUAAUAAUGCACAAGCACAGCAAACAUAA